AUGAAGCCAAGAGGAGGAUCCGCGAUGCAGGGUCCACCCAAAGCUGCGCCGACGUGUUGGCAGCUCAAGCGUCGCUCGCUCGGCGGCAAGCGAGCUGGUCCGUCGACGUCGAGCGCGUCGAGCGCAGCUGUUCCCUCCGAGCCGUCGCCGAACGGCCGCACACCCACGAUCACAACUACAAAUCCGCAGCAGACACCUCCAAGCUGCACGCUCAAAGCUGCGCGCGACGACGAGACCACGCAAACUCGUCUGGACUCCAGCGUCGACGACGAAGGUGCGGAGCUGGAUCUGGCCGACUUGCGGAGCGACGACGCGUUCCUUUACGAGCGCAGUGCGCCCGUCGAUGCCGCGCUUGGACUCCAUCCAUCGGCCCCUCAACCAUCCAUGCUUGAGCGCAUCGACCUGUAUGUCGCAGAGCACUACCUCGACUGCUUUGGCAUCACGCACCGAGACGAGCUGGUGCGACACCACAACCGCCUCAUCCCGUUCUUCGCCAAGGCGCCGCGCUUCGUGUCGAUCCACUCGCUCAAACAGAAGGAGCUCGAACGCGACUACACCGAGGUGCAAGAUACUGCCAAUACCCUGGAGAGCGGCGAGUGGGAUGGCCAGGAACAGUGCUUCUACUUUGACCGCCGCCCGACUGCAUACGAGUCGUUCGACCCAGAGCAGUCGUUCGAAGGAUACAUGCAUGUAUUUAGCAGGCCGCCCACGGACGAUGCUGCUGGUGGCAUCCUCGGCACACAUCCUCCCGCCCAUUGCGACGACACUCCUGCUCAAGGACACACUAAGCAGAUGCGAGCCGAGAGGCGCUGCUUCAACUGCGGAGAAGCCGGACACGCCGUAUCGCAGUGUCCGCUCCCACGCGACCGCGAGCGCAUCCGGCAGAGCCGACUCGAGUUCGAGCAGGACAAAACGCUUCGAAGCGGCGACUCGGAAAUCAACGCGCAUGCCAGACUGCACGAGCAGGUAGCAUCUGCACAGCAGCGUCUGCAAUGGCUCGACGAGUUCAUCCCGGGCCAGCCGAGCACAGAGCUCAUCCGAGCACUCACAUGGGAUGCUGCCAGCGAGACCAACGACAGAGAAGACAGCGAUGCAGAGCUGCCCACUUCGACACUCGACCUGCCUCACCUGCGAAACAUGCUCGUCUGGGGCUAUCCACCCGGUUGGAUCGCACCGCACGACCCAAUCGAAAGCGUACGGCACCGCAUCCAGCACGACACCGAGUGGAACGACGUCGAGAUGAUUCGUGGCUUUGAUGUGGCGAGCCUCGGAGCAGCCAAGACCGUCGCCGCUGCCACAAGUCCCAGUCCGGCAGGCGCAACCCCCCACGGUACAGAACGUCGCUGGGUCGACUUCCACACGCAAUUGUUCGACAGCAAUCGGCUCCAGAAGUUCGACACGGUCGACCGGCGGCCACUGCCACGAUUCGAGCGCGAUGGCGAGCCAGAUCAGUCGCUCAGCUGCAAUCGAGCCGGAGACGAAAACGAGUGGGGGAGGGCAAGCAAGCGGUAUAGACUCGGCGGAGCGGAGCGAACAGUGCAGGACAGAAAGGCGCUGUGGCAGAGCUUGCUGACCGAACGAUCUCCAUCCCCACCGAGCUUGCCGCCCGAAGAGCCGCCGCCUCCCCCACCGCCAACGUCACCACCACCACCACCGCCAUCGCCACCGUCAUCGCCAACGCCGCCAUCGCACACGUAA